UAAUUAAAAACAAAUUUAUAUUGCAGAAGUAAUUCUUGAGCAGGCAAUAUUGACCAAUGUGGCAUAUGUGCACAGCACUCCUUCGAACCUUGAGAAUUUUGCUCGUUCUCCAUCUUGUGCUCUGUGAUUCUUCGUGUAGUUCGAAGAAGUAUAGACGUUAUCAUCAAAAACGUUUUCAUUUAACUCUUUCCGUUCGUAACCAUAAUGUUACUGAAGCCAAAUUUUUUCGACUUAUUGGAGUUGGAAAUACCGCCGAUUUCUAUGUUGCACCUGGUGAUGUCUUUACGAAGACUUAUGAGGCGAAACGGAAAGGCUUCUGGACAUUAUUUGUCGAGUUCCCAGGGAACCGUUAUUCGAAAUCCCCAAGGAAAAUUAUUUCCCGCGAUUCUCAUAAACAUUGGAUUAUUGAAGUAUAUUAUUAUCCGGGAGCAGUUGGGUUCACCAAUUGGCAUAAAGUGUAUGAUGCAAUGUUCAAGAACAACAUCGUCUAUUAAGGUUCCUUUGAAAUCCGGUGCUAAUCUGAUGCAGACAUAAGGAUAGAGUUCCACGCUCGAAUCUGACCAAACGAACAGGAAGAACUGGAGACUCCAAAUAUCACACUGAAUAAUCGAAACAUUCGGCAUAUAUCGUCAUGCAAAAGAGCAGUUAUAUGAAUAAUUCGUACAUACCACUUUUGAAAUAGUUUUGUGUCAUAUCAUGGUGCUAAUGCAUAAUGCAUUCUGUGUUCGUUAGAACAAGUAGUAAUGCUUAAGAUCCUAUCAUUCAGGGAUGCAAUAUUUUGGCGGGAUCAGAAUACGGCCAAGUUCCAAAUUAGUAUUGAUCAAACCCAAUAUUUCCAUUUCAUUACGAUUGUAAACC